GAUGAGCAUGAACUAUGGCUAGAAUACUGUGCUCUAGCUAUUGUAUGCAAUUCAUUAUGUGGAUAUAGAACAAACGCCAUUGGUUUUAAUUUGACGGUGGCCUCUCCGCAAUAAUAAAAACUGGGUCAUAGCUCCUAGUGUCAAUCAUGGUGACAUUUACAAUGACCACGUGCAGCAAUCGAGUGCCCCGAGUUUUAACAGGGGCAGAAAGUUUCGUGCCCCCUUUUCCACUCAAAGUUUCCAGCUUUCCCAUGCACUGUGGUUUGGUGAUGCGAAUGAUUGGUUUAUGCCAGUACACCUGUGCCAGCUGAUGGUCAAUAUUUAAAAGGAUGCAGGAGAAGGCAUUUUUAAUGAUGAAUGCAAACUGCAAUUAAUGUGUUUUUUCCUCGAUCGAGUAACGUUUUUUUUAUUGCAGAGCAAGUGAGCCAACUAUUUGGUAAAGGAGAUUUAAUUAAAGACCUAAUAAAUACUGUAAAGGAGGAGGUUUCUAAUUUAAAUAAAUGAUUCUCAACAAAGAUGGACAUCAUUGAUCAAGUGGGUUUUACUAUAUGCACUUAUAGUUUGUCACAGCACAGCUGGGAAUGUCAGUUGUUUAUCAUUGUGUGGAGGAAUUUAAAGUUUACGAGCAAGAUGGAUUGUUGCGGAACUGAUAGUUGAUGACAGUGUUGGUAGUCAUACGUCCAGCAGUCAAAAGAACAUGGCUGAUGAUGACCUACAUUCGUUCAUUAAACGGCUCCCCUCUCUGUUCUGUACUGCACCCAGAGACGAAUAGAAACCUCACCAUGCUCACUCCGGCAUUCGAGUUGAGCCAGGACACCGAUCACCUGACAGUGACGAUUCGCGUGCCCUAUGCACGUGUCUCAGAGCUGGACCUUUACAUCGAUGGUCACGACUUCAAGUUUUACGCCAAGCCCUACUUCUUGAGGUUGAACUUGCCAGGACGGAUCAUUGAAGAUGGACGAGAAAAGGCCUCCUAUGAUGCAGAAAAAGGCGUGUUCACUAUACGAGUCCCCAAGGAGAGCCCGGGGGAGCACUUUGAAGGGUUGGACAUGCUAACGGCACUCUUAGCCCCCAGAGGAUCCCGCUCAGCCAAGACUCUUGUCAACGAGAUGGGGACACUGGGUGAGAGCCAGGAGGGUGUGGAGGAGCAUGACGAGGAGGAGGAUGACGAGGAGGAGUUUGACUGGCAGGUGGAACAGAAGCCAUAUGAGGAGCCGGCAUGCUUGGGCGGCACUGGAUACGGAUUUGGGGGAUCACGCACUGGUGUCUUCCACCGACUGCAGGAAGAGCUCAGCGAUGUCAUCGACCUGCAGAGUCCAGAGAGCUCCACGGCGGCACAGCGCAGGGCACUCCGUCUGCAAGCAGAGGAUUCAAAGUUUGAUGCUGAUCAUUACCUAGCCGACUACUUUGAAGACGAGCCGGUCAUGGAGACGUUGAGCUACCGGCCUUGGUGGGAUGGCUGCGACGCUGGAGCAGUUCCCUUCACAGAGGAGGAUAAGGAGCAGCUCAGACGUUUCACCAACAAGAGCUUUGUGCUGGACCGGGCAUCUCGACGCCAGGCCUACCUGGGCAUGGUGGACAUCAUCCUCGCCGUCGCCUACGAUGUCCGCAUCACAGGCGGCGAGAGCCACGUGGAGGGACCCUGGAACAUCCGGAAACUCAGUGGAACUCUGUGCUGGUUCGAGACCUAUGAGACUCUACAAGAAGUUCUGGUGUCCUUUGCCAGGAGAGUGCUUUGCUAUCCACUUUACAGGCACUUUGGACUCGUCUUGAAGGUGGUAGAAGAUGCAGCUCGUAUAUUUGCUCUGGGCAGACAGGGUGUGAUGAAGUGCCUUCUGGCAACACACAAGUUGUUCCGUGAGAAUGACCCAGCCUACAUCCUGAAUGACAUCUACAUCACCGACUACUGCAUCUGGGUCCAGAAGACUAAACCUCACCGCCUCCUGAACCUCGCCGACGCCCUCAGGAAAGCAAAGAUAAGCAAAGAAGAGCUGGGAUUCGAUCUGCUGGAGGAGGAAAGGAUCGGGCUCAUGGUGCAGAAGGAGCAGGAGGAGGAGAAGGAGUUGAACGUAGAAAUAAAGGACGCGGAUGAAAGUGCAGCCAGUGGUGUGGUGUCAGGACUCUCCUCUGACCUCAAGCGUCUAAACAUCCAUCACGAUGCAUGGGCAGACAAGGAGGAUGGCAGCGGCGGCAGCAGCAGCAGCAGCAGCAGCAGUUCGGACUCGGAAAGUGAGAGCGAGUCUUCUGACGGUGCCAGCGAAAGUUCCGACAGCAGCAGUAGUGAAUCUACCACAGAAGGGAGCAGCAGCAGUAGCGAAUGUGAGGACGAGGCUGUUGGCACCACCGAGGCCAACUUUGGUGCCAUGAAACAUCAUCAAGAGGCUGCGACAUCGGCAUCGGAUGUCUCGGCUCGGAGUGGGGAGGCCCCUUCUCCGGACAUCCGGGCAAGGGGCGCGGCAGAGAACCGGGCGGCGUCGGGUGAAGCGCGCGAGUGUGCGGCGCUCGCACAGUCUCCCCCGAAGCAAAACAGCCGUGUGCACGAGGGAAGCGCACGGGACACUCGCAACCCUGCCGGGAUUGAGCACAGGCCGCGAGCCUUCGGCGCUGGCCCACCGGAAGCACGCCAGUUUCUGGAAGCGAAACCAAAUGCGGAAUUCCUAAAGUUGGUCGAAACGCCCGUGGCCUUGGGCCGGCUGGAGGAGGAGAGCGCGGCAGAGCGUUGCCAGGAACCAAGGAGACGACCGCUCAUCGAAGAAUUGUGACUGGGGGACAUUUGCAUGGAAAUGGUGUUGAAUAGAAAAGUCGUGUUAAGUAUAACUUGGAUGGCAAAUGUAUAGAAUGGGAAAUAUGUAAUCUAGUGGACAGUACCGUACACGUAUCCACGUACAAUAGCGGACACUACAGGAAGAAGAAUUGUGCGGUUGAACCCCUUUAGCACCACUGGAAGCUGGGAAACACGGCUUGGCCUGGGGCCCGCUUGGAAGAUAAGAUGGAGAUAAGAUGGAGAUAAGAUGGAGAUAAGAUGGAGAUAAGAUGGAGAUAAGAUGGAGAUAAGAUGGAGAUAAGAUGACACUGUUCUUAGGGGCCGUCCAUAAACGACGUCACGCGAUUUUGGACGAUUUUUGACCCCCCCCCCCCUUCGUCACACGGCGUCACAAAAAGUCAGA